AUGUCAAGAUUGAUAUUUAAUAAUCAUGAAAUUAUAAGAGAAUUGGGUAUAAUUAUUGAUCUUUCUGAACCAAGAACUUUUUCUGUGAUGAAUGAACCUCAUAGUUUCGUUCUUGAAGAAGUUGAGAAUAGUCUUUGCGUAAUUUUAUAUUUUAAAAAUUUACAAAAUGUACAAAAAAUUUUUGAAGUUGAAUGUUUGGCUGUUAAUAUUGGAGGUAUUUUGAAUAGUCGGAAAAUGGAAUAUAAAGAUAAUACAAUUUCGUGA